AUGAACUGCCAGGAGGGAAAGGAUAGGAGCUGCGGCUGCGGCCACGAGGAGAAGAAGAUGCUCAAGUGUGUGGUGGUGGGGGAUGGCGCCGUGGGGAAGACCUGUCUGCUGAUGAGCUACGCCAAUGACGCCUUCCCAGAGGAGUACGUGCCCACCGUGUUUGACCACUACGCAGUUACCGUGACAGUGGGAGGCAAGCAGCACUUGCUCGGCCUGUACGACACUGCAGGACAGGAGGACUAUAACCAGCUGAGGCCGCUCUCCUACCCCAACACGGAUGUGUUUUUGAUCUGCUUCUCGGUGGUAAAUCCUGCCUCUUACCACAACGUCCAGGAGGAGUGGGUCCCGGAGCUGAGGGACUGCAUGCCUCACGUGCCUUACGUCCUCAUAGGGACCCAGAUUGAUCUCCGAGAUGACCCCAAAACCUUGGCCCGUUUGCUGUACAUGAAAGAGAAACCUCUCACUUACGAGCAUGGUGUGAAGCUGGCAAAAGCGAUCGGAGCCCAGUGCUACUUGGAAUGCUCGGCCCUGACACAGAAAGGUCUCAAGGCAGUUUUUGAUGAAGCGAUCCUCACCAUUUUCCACCCCAAGAAAAAGAAGAAGCGCUGUUCUGAGUGUCACAGCUGCUGUUCCAUUAUCUGA